AAAAACAAACAAAAUAUCCAAGCAUAUGUCAUCCGCACACUCAGGACAGUACACCAAAAGAGUAUGCACCCAUCUGCAUAACCUCACUCAUGUAAAGAUUGUGACUACCAAAAGGACAUAUAACCACAACACAAAUACAUAAUACAUAAUACCUUCACAAAGAAAAGUAUGAUACCCUCCUUAUUGAUGUUUAGAAACUUCCAUGGCGACCGAAGAAUGUCACGUGAUGGUAUUCCCAUGGCUAGCUUUUGGCCACAUGCUACCGUUUCUAGAGCUCUCUAAGAAACUAGCAGCAAACGGCAUUAGAAUCUCAUUUGUUUCCACCCCAAGAAAUCUAGAGAGGUUACCCUCCAUUCCUGCACAUCUAUCAGACCUCAUCAAGCUAGUAGAGAUCAUAUUACCAACAGUGGAUGGUUUACCUGACAACUGUGAGGCCACCGUUGAUAUCCAGCAACAUGAAACACAGUAUUUGAAGAAGGCAUACGACAAUUUACAAGCACCAUUCGAGAAGCUGCUUGAAAACGACACCGCACAGUUGAUUCUCAUAGACUUCUCUCCAUACUGGGUUCCUGAGGUUGCGGCUAAGUUUGGGGUAUCUACUGCAUUUUUCAGCGUGUAUACUGCUGCCACUCUGGCGUAUAUGGGCCCACCAGAUGAGUUGAGAUGGGGCCAUAGACGUACAACCCCAGAAGCCUUCACGGUUGCACCAGAUUGGUUCACCUUCCAUUCUCUUGUCUCUCACAGGCCGGAUUAUGCUCCAACAAUGCUUCGGAACUUGCACAUCCCUGAUGAAUCUGGUAAGUCAAGUGGUCAAAGAAUAAGCACAAUUAUUGAAGGAUGCCAGUUUGUAGCAAUUCGAAGCUGUAAAGAGUUUGAAGGAGAAUAUAUCGAUCUUCUUCAAGAGCUAUAUAAAAAGCCAGUCCUACCAGUAGGCAUAUUUCCACCAGAAAGAACAACAGAGAAAGCUGUUGAUUCAAGUUGGUCAAGCACUUUCAAGUGGUUAGACAGGAAAAGGCCGAAAUCAGUGCUUUUUGUAGGAUUUGGGAGUGAGUACAAGAUGCCAAUCGAACAAGUCCAUGAGUUGGCCCACGGGCUUGAACUUUCUGGGAUAUCCUUUAUAUGGAUUUUGCGGAAGCCGAAAGGGGUAGAUAGUUUGGAUCUAUUGCCUUCUAAUUUUGAAUCCCGUGUUUUUGAUAAGGGUGUUGUUUGUCUUGGUUGGGCACCCCAAAUAGACAUACUAGCACACCCUUCAAUAGGAGGAUGUCUUUUUCAUUCUGGUUGGGGUUCUAUUAUCGAAUCACUAGGAUUCGGACACCCAUUGAUUCUCAUGCCUAUGGUAGCAGAUCAAGGCCUCAAUGCUAAACUUCUAGAUGAAAAAGGACUUGGUUAUGAAGUACCGAGAAAUGAAGAUGGUUCUUUUACCAGAGACAUGGUGGCAGAAUCUGUGAAGUUGGUGAUGGGAUCACAAGGAGAACCAAUCAGAGAAAAGGCUUCUCAAAUGCAAUCUACUUUUUGUGACCACACUCUUCAAAAGAAUUACAUAAGUUCGUUUGUUCAUUACUUGCAAAGGUUCAAAAGAACCGAAUCCACAUUGCACGAAUAGGUAAUGGUUAUGUAAUAAUAAGUUUUUCCUCCUUCCCUUGCUUGAAUUUAAAUAAUUAAUAUAGUUACAUAUGUGUUAGAGAGCAAAAAACCCAUCACUAAAAGAGAAGGGAAAAUGUAAAAUAUCAACAAAAAUU